UUCAGUUGGUUGUCAUUUGUUAUAUGACCAAAUUAUUGUAAAUGAUUAUUAUAAAUAAAACCUAACAUUGGGUCGUGAGUCAUCCCGCUGGGUUUACUGCAUAAAAGCGUCGAGCAGCAGAUCAGGGUAUUGUUGGAAGGCAUUGUAAUGAAAGCGGCCCGACUGUAACGCGGCUAACGCUGGCCGGACGCUUCGCAGAAACGCUCGGCGGCCGCAGCGGCAGAAAGCUAGUGGGCCGCGGGUGGGCCAUUUGCGUGUUGCGUGCUGGGAACUGGCUUCGUGAAACCAUAAACAAUGCUAGAUAUUUAUCAACAGGAGCUGUCGGUGGAAUAUAUAUAACUUGUAUGUGCUGCACUGGUUGGUACCAUCCCUUUCGUUUAAUAUUAAAUAGGUAUGACUGACUAGCUUUGCUAACAUUAGCAUAUCGGAUUUAGCAAGUCAUGCUAGCUUUCGUCACUAUGUUAAAAUGGAUAAUUGGAGAAAUAAACUCGUUUUUUUUUUUACAUGUUACGUCUUUAAUCAUGAAAUAAUUUCAAUAUUAUCUUCAUUACUUAUAGAUUCAUUGUUUAAGAUUUUUGUCAUUUCAGUUUGUGUUAGGCAAUGGCCGUAAUGGUCCUAAAGAUGGCACCACAGCGCUGUUUGAAGUAAUCCCUAUAUAAACAAACAUGGUAAGUGAAAACAGACACUCCUCUAUGGAUGUGACGUCACAAUAACGUUCUGACAAACGUCAUGCUACUCCAAAGAAAUUCUAGUGCACAGACAGUCUGUCAUCAGAAAGCAACAUGAAUUCAAACCAAGCGACACCAAGAAAUGAUUUAAGACACCACCGUUAUUUGUCUGGAAGGAUGCCUCCAAUUGAAAGGAAACCCCCUGCUGAGAUCUAUGAUUCCACAGACUCUGAGGACAUCCCUUUCAACUCCUCCCCUGACUCUGACACUUUGUGUGGAAGGGCGACACGGGUGAUGGUGAGACCCUGUAGGGUGACCAGUCCCUCUAGAGACUCUGCAGGCUCCACCUGUUCUGAGGAUAACUUCCUUCAUCUUGACCCUGAGUCUGGAAGGAGGCCUCAGUUGGAAAGGAAACCCCCUGCUGAGAUCUAUGAUUCCACAGACUCUGUGGACAUCCCUUUCAACUCCUCCCCUGACUCUGACACUUUGUGUGGAAGGGUGACACGGGUGAUGGUGAGACCCUGUAGGGUGACCAGUCCCUCUACAGACUCUGCAGGCUCCACCUGCUCUGAGGAUGACUUCCUUCAUCUUGACCCUGAGACUGGAAUUAUGCAUCGGAGGAAAGUGAUACAGAGGAGGGAAGUCUGUCCCUCCAGGCACCUUAAGGACUUUUCCUGCAGCUACAUUAUUCACACUGACCCUAAUACUGGAAGGAUGUAUAGGCUGAUGGUGAACCUGCAUGAGACGACAUUGCCCUGCAGUGACUCGGAUGACUUUCCUUUUGACUCCGUCCUUCACAGUAACCCUGAGUCUGGAAGGAUGGUUCGGCUGAGGGUGAUACAGCGUGAGGAGAUAUUUCCCUCCACAUCCUCUGGUGACAACUGUGUCGACUCCUUCCUUAAAUGUGACCCUGUGUCUGGAAGGGUGGAAUGGCUGACUUUGAAACCGAAUAAGAUCUGUCCCUCUACAUACUCUGAGGACCACCCCAUCAACUCCUUCCCUGGCUGUGAACCUGAAGGAAGAGCAAUGGGCUAUCUUUCUCCGCUUUGUAAUGACAUGAUAACACCACAGAACGAGGAUGAAAAUCUGUCGAUCCACUCCUUAGACGAGUCAGACUUUCUGACCCACCCUGCCUCGAGCUGCCCGGAGAAGCUGCCCGCUGUCCUCCCCCAGAAGGACGUGGACAAGAAGCCACACCUGAUCAACUCCCUGGAAGUGUGCCUGAGGAGGAUUCAUGAAAACCUGGCCUCCAUGGACCUCAUCCUGGACCAAAGUCUGAAGGAGUACACUGGAGACAGUCCGGAGAAGAGAGGGGGAUGCUUCCAGUGGCUGUUUUGGAGGAAGAAGGAGCGUGUGAAUGUCAAAGGGUUGGGACUGGAUGCUGUCACAGUGAUUAAUUCAAUACUCAGGGACUGCAGCCAGACAAACGCUGAGCUGGAAAACCUGAAAAAUCACAUGAGUGACCUAGAAACACUCAACAAGCUCUUCGGUAAAUGCUCCAAAAAGUUUGCAAAGCUGAAUGAUAGAGCACAAGAAAUGCAGACCAAAAGAAAUGCAGCCCAGCACACACUUGAGUCUGCGAGAAAUGUCUUGGUCCAGAGCUCUAGCCCAGGGAAUGUUCCGGUGUCUGGCCAGACUGGCCUCUGUUUGCCUGUCACCUCAGCACCCCCGACUCUGGAGGACACCCUACAGGUUCCGCCCUCUGCCCUGAGGUCUCCCCGGGAUAUACCCCCUCUUCUUACCCUUCACAGCUACGCUCCUGCCAUCGCCUCCAAUCCCAAUGCAGUGUCCUUCCCACAAGGCCACAAGCCUCACUUGGCCCCUAUCACCAACGUGAGCGAAAAAGGCAUGAAGCUGCUUCAAGAAAUUGCAGCCAGAAAUUCCCAACAGAAGGAAGAAACCAAGAUAUCUAACAAAGACACCAAGAGGGCUAAGAAACAAAGGAAAAGAGUGAAGAAGGAGGAAGUCAAUGAGAGGCAGCAGGAGGAAGAUGUUCAUGUGAAGGACAUCAAGAACAACAAAUCCAGUCUGAGGAAGAGGUUCCUUCAGUGGCUGCUGCCCAAGCUGAGAUGCAAGAGGAAGUAGUGGACAUUGCAAAGACACACCCGGAUUAUUGACCAUUCUGCCUGCUUAACCUAGACUACGAUUGCCUGCCCCUUCUGUUACUUCUGCCACGCUGCUGGAUUUCCUGUGUGUUUGAACAAUCUCUGCCUGUGAAACGGACUCCGAUCUUGCCUGCCCCUUCUGUUACCUCUGCCACGCGGCUGUAUAACCUGUGUGUUUGGACGCUCUCUGCCUGUGUAAUGGACUCUGAUCUUGCCUUCAAGAGAAGCACUGUACGUUAUUGAAGCUACUGUAUGUUGAAAUGUGGUCAGUACAGAAAUAGUGUCGCCUGUUUGGAGAUGAAAGAGUCACCAGCAGCAGUGCAACAUUAUUGGUGUAGUUAGAGAAUGAAGUUGGUACAAGAAUCAAACCUUGAGAAUCACCCAUUGAAACAGCCAGUAGUCCAGACAGAAGGCCCUCAUAUUUAAAUUGUACAUGGUCAUGUUUUUGAGAACCCGUGGUCAUUGAGCCUAUUGAUUAGAAUGAGAUGAUUAACAGAGUCAGUUGCGGCUAUGUAGAUAAAAAAGAGCUGCACAUUAUUACUCGUUUUCUAUAGAAGAUAUUAUUUCAUUCAGGGCCUUCGGUGUUGCUGGGAUAUACCCACAGCCUGCUCUGAAGCCUGACGGGACUGCAGAGAGAAAACGGUAGAACUCAAAAUGGCGAGUUAUCGGUUUAUUUACAACUUCAUUCCAGAUUUUGCAAGUGGCUGAUCUAUAGCCUACCGGAGAUCAUCCCAUUACACAGAUGUGUAUAUUUCAUGCUGUCUGGCUAAAAAAAGAGUACAACCAAAAUGUCACUUUGAUGGACAUCAAGUCGCUCUUUUUAGUUUGGGAACCAAAUCUUAUGGGUGAAAGAACCCGUUCAUUUGGCUCUUUAAUUUCCAUAAUUUCUAAGAUCAGAUAACGAUUGUGUUUAAAACCGUGUAUAUUGUAGGCCUAUAUCCACACUGCUGAAUCAGUCAAUAGCGUGAAGGCAUUUCCAGAAGGAUAACGUCGGUAAAAGAAAACAGCAGGCUAUCUAAUAAUUAGGACAAAUAAUGUCAUCUAUUUUAAUGAGCUUGUCAUGCCCUUUUCCGCUUUGAUUUCAUGUCGCUAGCCAUGUCAUAAGAAUUCCACUGCUCAGAACAACACUAGCUACAUGUUAUUUUGUGCAAUUGACAAUAAAAAUACUUUUACUUGA